ACCUUCAAUUUACGUAAUAAUUUCCUCUCGAUUAUGGCGAUCGGAUGAAACUGCGAUGAGCGCUAAACACAUUUAAAAAGAAGUAGACGCAGGAUUCGCAUAGGAUGAUUCAAGAUGGCAGACACUGCCGAGUUUAUAUUGAAGUUUUUGGAAGAAAACGGACGAGGAGACUCGUUAGAUUUGGCUAAGAAAUUAGGAGAAGAUCAUCAGAAAGUCGUCGGAGCUAUCAAGAGUUUGCAGGCUCUCGGAGAUGUGAUAUCCGCUCAGCAACAGAAUCAUAAGUACUGGGAGGUGACAGAAGAAGGGCAGGAAGUGAUUUCCAGAGGGAGUCACGAAGCUCUACUUUAUCAUACAGUACCCGAAGAUGGAAUAUCACAGAAGGAACUUAUGCAAAAAGUUCCAAAUGCAAAAGUGGGUUUUAGUAAAGCUAUGUCCGCGGGUUGGAUUCGUCUCGACAAAAAAGUAGACAAUGGUCCGAAGGUGUUUCGUAAAGUCAAUGACAUAGAGGAUGAAGUACAACAGCUGUUAAUUAAAAUCAAAGAAAUGAAGUUUGAUGAUGUUUCCGAUAACCUGAAACAAGAUUUAAAGAAAAGAAAACUUCUACAAGAAAUCACCAUAAAAAGUUACCAAAUAGACAAAGGAAGCUCAUUCAGCACUUCCAUCAUGAAACAGGAAACGGAUCUCACCUCUGAAAUGAUCUCCAGUGGAUCAUGGAAAGAAAAAUCCUUCAAGCCAUACAACUUUGAUGCCCUGGGCCUGCCACCUGACUGUGGACACCUCCACCCACUGAUGAAGGUUCGCUCGGAGUUUCGCCAGAUCUUCUUGGAAAUGGGUUUUGCAGAAAUGCCCACCAAUAAUUUUGUUGAGAGCUCAUUCUGGAAUUUUGAUGCCCUCUUUCAGCCACAGCAGCAUCCUGCAAGGGACGAACAUGACACAUUCUUUCUAUCUGGUAACUGUAGCUUUACUUUAGUUAAGUUUUUAACUGUAAAACAUAAAACUUGUAUGAAAAAUAUCUUUUAUUAAUUUUAUAAUGGCUUGGCUGGGAUUUGCCACUGUUCUUUCGUGCAUUCACCUUAAUUGCCAUUCCUAAAAUUUAAUAAUUCCAAAACAUCCUGCAAAGUUUCCUGUAUGCAUACUAUAUUGUUUUGUUAACAGAGCAAUGCUAUUCUGUAAACAAAACAAUAUUUCAUGUAAUUACAGAACAAUGUUGUUCUGAAAUGAUGACAUGUUGACAAAGUUUGAAGGGCUCCUUACAGGAGUUUUCUGUAUUUUUUGGGCAUAAAAUAAUGCUGUGAAACCAUUAUACAGUGGGUAAUCGG